AUGUCUGAUGAUGCAGAGCAGCAAGCUGAGGAGAUAGAAGUACUCAAAUCUAUUUAUGAGGGUGAUGACAAUUUUAAACAAGUAGAUACAACAACUUAUCAUUAUAAGUAUGUUGAUGGAGAUAAGUCAUUCAUAUUAGAGAUAUUAUGGGGACCCACAUACCCCACGGAGAAACCUAAGUUUAAUUUAGAAAUUUUCUACAAUCAAACCCUAUUACCUUCCGUAAAAGGUAAAAUAUUAUCCAUACUGGAUGCAGAAGCAGAUCAAUGGGUGGGAUGUGCAAUGACCUAUACAUUAUUUGAAUGCCUUAAAGAGAAAGUUAGCGAAAUAUUAGCUGAACAGACAGAAGAAGCAGUUGUGGCUAAAGUUGAAAAGAUUGCUAUUAGUGAACAGACUGAAUCAACAAAGAAACCAGAAAAGAAAGAACAGAUGAGUAAAGCACAGAAGAGAAGAGCGUGGGACCGCGCGGAGAUCGGUCGCGCGGGCGAGCGGCCGCGCGGCUGGGACUGGGUGGACAUCGUCAAGCAUCUGUCCCAAGCGCCCCACCAGCCAUCU